AUGCCUCCCGUGUCGCCUAGGUCGCAGCCUAAGAAAAUUGCCAUUGUCGGCAGUGGCUGCGCCGGGUUGGCCGCACUCUGGGCCCUCAAGAAGACGCAUCACGAUGUCUUUCUUUACGAGUCCGCCGGCCGGCUCGGUGGACACACCAACACCGUAAACUGGAAAGCGGGGAAGUAUACCACCACCGUGGAUACAGGCUUCAUAGUGUUGAACGCAGCCACGUAUCCCAACUUCAUCAACUUUCUUCAGUCCGUAAAUGUCCCCAUUGACCCCACAGAGAUGACCUUUGCCGUCUCGCGUGACAAGGGACUCUUCGAGUGGGCUGGCACAAGUCUCAACACGAUAUUCUGCCAGAGGCGGAACAUCGUCUCACCCCGAUUUUGGCGAAUGGUCUUCGACAUCAUCCGCUUCAACCAGUUCGCCCUCGACCUCUUGAUUGAGGAUCACGAGAGAUCUAUUCCCAAUAGUGAGCCGCCCACGGUGAACGGAUAUCACCCCUGA